CUUCCUGUGCCAGUGGAGGCGGGGAAAGGGAAGUCCCGCCUAGUGGAGCCGGCUCUGAGGUUGCGGCUGCAGGGAAGGUCCCUUGCGUUCCUGGACACUUUUGCCUCCUUCCCCUUAUCCUCUCCCGCUGGCGGCGACCGGCCACAGCUGCAGCGGGCCCAGGGCGUGCGGCCCGGAUUUUUCGUGACAUCUUAAACAUGAGUCCCACACAGUGGGACUUCCCUGUGGAGUUAUGUUGUCGGCCUAUGGCUUUUGUUACACUUACAGGACUAGACGUAGUAUAUAAUGCUGUCCAUCGAGCAGUCUGGGAUGCUUUCUGUGCCAAUCGGAGAGCUGAUCGGGUACCAAUUUCUUUCAAGGUGCUCCCAGGUGACCAUGAAUACCCCAAAUGUAGACCCAAGAGAACGUCAUACGAGUGGUACAUUCCUAAAGGGAUCUUGAAGACUGGCUGGAUGAAUAAGCAUCUGAAUCUGGUACCAGCCCUGGUGGUUGUGUUCUAUGAACUGGACUGGGAUGAGCCUCAGUGGAAAGAAAAGCAGUCUGAGUGUGCGACCAGGGUAGAGAUCGUCAGGCAAAGUUUGCAAGGAAGAAACACAAAAGUCGCAGUGGUUCUGAUCCAAAAGAAGACCCCUCUGCCUCCAGGAGAAGAUGUCAUUGCUUCAGAAAGGGCUGCAGCUUUAUGUAAUGUCUGUGAGCUCUCAGGAAAGUCCUUGUUUGUGCUGCCCCACACUGAUCACCUUGUAGGCUAUAUUAUAAGAUUAGAAAAUGCCUUUUAUGAACAUGCACAGACUUAUUACUACACAGAAAUCAGAAGAGUGAAAUCUCAUAAGGAAUUUUUGAAUAAAACAACACACCAGCUUUUAUUUGUUAGACAUCAGUUCAAAAUAGCUUUCUUCAGUGAAUUGAAACAAGAUACACAAAAUGCUCUGAAGAAUUACAGGACUGCCUAUAAUCUUGUACAUGAAUUGAGAACCCAUGAAACUAAUAUUCUGGAAAUUAAGACUAUGGCAGGAUUUAUAAACUACAAGAUCUGUAGGCUGUGUUUUCAGCACAACACCCCAUUGGAUGCAAUUGCUCAGUUUCGAAAACACAUUGACUUAUAUAAGAAAAAACUUGGAAGCACGGAGUUGUCUUUUGAGCAUGCUGCAUGGAUGGCUAAGCAAUUCCAAGUCUUUGGAGAUUUAUUUGAUGAAGCGAUUAAGUUAGGGCUGACAGCUAUUCAGACUCAGAACCCUGGUUUCUACUACCAGCAGGCAGCACACUAUGCCCAGGAGCGGAAGCAGCAGGCAAAAGCCCUUUGCAGCCAUGAGGCUUCUGUAAUGUAUCCCAACCCUGAUCCCUUAGAAACACAAACAGGUGUUCUUGACUUUUAUGGACAACGGCCAUGGCGACAAGGAGUACUAAGUUUUGAUCUUUCUGAUCCUGAAAAAGAGAAGGUAGGAAUUCUUGCCAUUCAGCUGAAGGAGAGGAGUGUUGUUCACUCUGAAAUAAUAAUAACCCUUCUGAGCAAUGCUGUCGCACAAUUCAAAAAGUAUAAGUGUCCAAGAAUGAAAAGUCAUCUAAUGGUUCAAAUGGGAGAGGAAUAUUACCACGCAAAGGAUUAUACCAAAGCUUUGAAGUUGCUAGAUUAUGUGAUGUGUGAUUACCGAAGUGAAGGAUGGUGGAGUCUGCUCACAUCUAUACUGACUACAGCGCUGAAAUGCUCCUACCUCAUGGCCCAGCUAAAGGAUUACAUUACUUAUUCCCUAGAACUCCUUGGAAGAGCAUCAACUCUGAAAGAUGACCAGAAAUCUCGGAUAGAAAAGAACCUCAUAAAUGUUUUAAUGAAUGAAAGUCCCGAUCCUGAACCCAACUGCGAUACUUUAGCUGUGAAGACGGCUCAGAAGCUGUGGGCAGACCGAGUUUCUCUGGCUGGCAGCAAUGUUUUUACAAUAGGAGUACAGGACUUUGUGCCAUUUGUACAAUGUAAAGCCAAGUUUCAUGCCCCGAGUUUUCAUGUCGAUGUUCCUGUUCAGUUUGAUAUUUAUCUGAAGGCUGACUGUCCACAUCCCAUUAGAUUUACCAAGCUCUGUGUCAGCUUUAAUAAUCAGGAGUACAACCAGUUCUGUGUGAUAGAAGAAGCAUCCAAAGCAAGCGAUGUUUUAGAAAACUUGACCCAAGGAAAGAUGUGCUUAGUUCCUGGUAAAACGAGAAAACUGCUGUUUAAAUUUGUGGCAAAAACUGAAGAUGUGGGAAAGAAAAUUGAGAUCACUGCUGUGGAUCUGGUUCUUGGCAGUGAGACAGGCAGGUGCGUGGUUCUGAGUUGGCAGGGAGGGGGCGGUGAUGCCGCUUCCUCCCAGGAAGCCCUGCAGGCUUCGCGCUCUUUCAAAAGACGGCCUAAGCUCCCGGACAACGAAAUUCACUGGGACAGUGUCAUAAUUCAGGCGAGUACCAUGAUCAUUUCCAGAGUCCCAAACAUCUCUGUAUGUCUUCAACAUGAGCCUCCUGCCCUGAUGAAUGAAAUGUAUUGUUUGGUUGUGACCGUUCAAUCCCAUGAAAAGACCCAAAUCAGGGAUGUGAAGCUCACUGCUGGCUUAAAGCCUGGACAGGAUGCCAACUUAACUCAGAAAACGCAUGUGAGUCUUCAUGGCACAGAACUAUGUGAUGAGUCCUACCCGGCUUUGCUCACGGACAUUCCUGUUGGAGACUUAGAUCCAGGAGAAAAGCUGGAAAAAGUGUUAUAUAUUCGCUGUGGAACAGUGGGCUCAAGAAUGUUUCUUGUAUAUGUUUCUUACCUGAUCAAUACAACUGUUGAAGAAAAGGAAAUUGUCUGCAAGUGUCACAAGGAUGAAACUGUAACAAUAGAAACUGUCUUUCCAUUUGAUGUUGCAGUCAAGUUUGUUUCCACAAAGUUUGAGCACCUGGAAAGGGUCUAUGCUGACAUCCCUUUUCUGUUGAUGACGGACCUUUUAAGUGCCUCACCUUGGGCCCUUACAAUUGUAUCCAGUGAGCUGCAGCUUGCUCCUUCUAUGACUGCAGUGGACCAGCUGGAGUCCCAAGUGGACAAAGUUGUCUUACAGACUGGAGAGAGUGCUAGUGAAUGCUUUUGCCUUCGAUGCCCAUCUGUUGGAAGUGGUGAAGGUGGAGUAGCAACUGGACAUUAUAUUAUUUCCUGGAAGCGGACUUCAGCAAUGGAAAACACACCUGUCAUCAGCACUGUCAUCACGCUGCCACAUGUGAUUGUAGAGAAUCUCCCUCUCCAUGUGAAUGCAGAUCUGCCAUCAUUUGGGCGUGUCAGAGAAUCAUUACCUGUCAAAUAUCACCUGCAGAAUAAGACGAACUUAGUUCAGGAUGUGGAGAUUUCUGUGGAGCCCAGUGAUGCCUUCAUGUUCUCAGGUCUCAAACAGAUUCGAUUACGUAUUCUACCUGGCACUGAACAGGAAAUGUUAUAUAACUUCUAUCCUCUCAUGGCUGGGUACCAGCAACUGCCAUCUCUCAAUAUCAGCUUGCUCAGACUUCCUAACUUCACAAAUCAGCUGCUCAGGCGUUUUAUACCUACCAGUAUUUUUGUAAAGCCGCAGGGUCGCCUCAUGGAUGGCGUCUCUAUUGCUGCUGCAUGAAGUUCAAGACCAGCCCUUGCUGUUCUUACAGAUGCUGCCAGAGCUGUGGGGUUCUGCUGUGAUCUGUAGCUUUGAUCAUGGUAAAAAGUUAACCUUUUCUAUUUUUUGAUGGAUGUCAUACCAACU